AUGGCGGCCGCAGACGUGGACAUUGGCUACGUCGCAGGCCACCUCGGCCUCGACCAGCCCGUUAUCGCGUCUCUGACGACAGAACCGACCAUUGAGCUCGUCAACAUUGUUCUGCAGGCUGUUGCAGCCAAAGCGCACGAGUUUGAUACCCUCUAUGCCGAAAAGCUCCAGACCGACAUUGAACUGGAGAACGCGGUGCGCAGCUCUGAAACGCGAUCGCAAACUUUCAAAGCUACUGCGGACAAGGCCCUCAAAGACGUUGAAGAGGCUAGACAACAGCUCAAGGACGAAGAAACGAAGCGACAAUCUCUCGAGAACGAACUUCAAGUUUUCAAAUCUAAGAAAUCGGAUUAUGAUGCCGAGAUCAAGGCCCUCAAUGACAAGAUUGAGACCCUUCAAUCUUCGAACCGAACCAACUUGAGCAUUAUUGAAUCCAAUAACAAGCGCGAUCAGACUAUCACGGAAGAACUCACAAAGCAACACCAGCGCAAUGUUGAGCUUUCUCGCGAGAUCACUGCACUGCAGCAAUCGGAGCAGAACGCGCGGGGCCAACUCAAUAGUGCCAAGUACCGAGAAGAAUCCUUACAACAACAGCUCGAUCUUGCCCGAAAGAACAGCGAAUGGCUAGAGAACGAACUCAAGACAAAGAGCGAGGAGGGCCUCAAGUACCGAAAGGAAAAGGGCUCCCGUAUUGCCGAGCUCCAGCGACAAAAUGAAGACAUUCAAUCUCAGGUUGACUCUCUCAAGAGAACAGAGCAACAGCUCCGCGAUCGACUCGAUGCCAUGCAAGCCAAGGCGGAUGAAGCUUUGGUGAAGGUCCAGAACCAGGAGGGAACCUUUGCGCAGACAAUCGAGAGUUAUAAGCAUGAGCUUGAAGCUCAGAAACGUUUGGUUGAGAUGUCUAACCAGCUGAGCAAGAAACACCAAGAACGAGUGCAAGAUCUUGAACGCGAAAAGGAGCGACUUCGCGAUAACUACGAGGACGAGCUCCGACGCGUUCGAACCGAGCUUGAGCAAGAGCGCCAGACCACGAGUGAAAUGGAGGAACGCAUUAAUCAACUUCAGUCCGAAAUUGACGAGCUUCAGGCUCGUAUGGAGCAGCACGCACCACCACCCGAGUCUGCACCAGAAACUCCCCGUGCCAACGGCUCCUUGAUGCGACCUUCCUCCCCUUUCACACCGUCUAUGCGAGGCAAGGGUGCGAUAACCACCACACAGGCCCUUGACCAGCUGUACCAAGUCAAGGGUCAACUUGCUACUGAAAAGCGUCGCAACGCUCAGCUCUCCGAGGAGCUCGACAAUAUGAUGACUGCUCUAGAAGCAAAGGCCCCCGAGAUCCAGGAUCUUCAAACUGAAGCUGAACAGCUUCGUGAAGAGAUUACUCGAAUGUCAGAGUUGUCUCAAAACAGCUUUGAGGAACGAGACAAGGCAAAACGCGCAGCAAGGAAAGCAGAGAGCGCACUCGCAACUUCGCAGUCUGAAACAAAUAUUCUGCGCACUCAACUUCGAGAUCUUGGUACUCAAAUAAACAUGUUGUUAUUCCAGAUCCACGCCAUGGAGAAGGGUACGGACCAACUUACCGACGAAGAGACUUUCCGACUUCAACAACUACAGAAAGGAGAGAUUUCAGAGGAGGCGCUGUCAGAUAUGUCCGACACUCACCAAUUCAUUACACAGAAGCUGGUGGUGUUCAAGGAUAUUGAUUCUCUGCGGACCAAGAACGAAGACCUUCUUCGCAUUACUCGGGAGCUUGCCAAUCAACUCGAAAGCGAGGAAGCACUCGCAGAGAAGCACCAGGCCAAGCAAGACCACGACAUGGUUGAGAAGCUUCAGCAGGAACUUAGUCACAUGACCGAUGAGGCAAGAUCUAUCAAGAAGACAAUGGAGAGCUUCAAGACAGAGCGUGACAUGUUCCGGAGGCUUUUGCAGCAACGGGGUGUUCACGGCGAUGAAGCAUCUAUGAUGCGCAAUUCCAUUGCUGGUGGCGAGCCAUUACCCUUGGCCAGCAUUGAGGCAACUGAGCAAACCGAGGCUCUAAACGAGGCACUGCGCAAGCUUCAGUCUGAAUACGACAGCUACCGCGAGGCUCAGGACGGAGUUCGUAAGGAUUUGCGCGAUCAGAUAGAUGCUCUCUCAGCCGAACGGAACAGCCUACAGACCGACAAGGUUAAACUUCACGCCGAAGCCCGCCUUGAAUCUGAGAGGCGUGAAAUGUUACACACCAACUUCGUGGCACUCCAAAGUGAGAACCAUGAACUUCAAAAGCGAGCGCAGACCUUGUCUGAGACUGCUGCUAAGCAAGAUAUUCGGACGCAACAGGUUGCUGAAGAACUCAUUGAAGCCAGAGGUUUGCUUGAUAGCGUUCGUAACGAGACUGCGAACCUGAAGGCAGAGAAGAAGCUUUGGAAGGACAUUCAGGAUAGACUAAGCAAGGACAACGAGAACCUUAUCGAGGAGAAGAAUCGACUCAACAAUCUGUUAGCAACUCAGCAAUCGAUCGAGAAUGAGCGCAACAUGGCUGAUUCGGAAGCCCGACGCAAAGCGCAGGCCAAGAUUGAAAGCCUUGAGCAGAAACUGAGCGAUGCCCAGAGAAAGCUCACUUACGAAGCAGAGGAAACCAAAAAGUUGCAACUUAGGAAGGAGUUCGAGUCAAAGGAGUCACAGAAGCGAAUUGACGAACUCAUGGCAAGCCUGAGCCAGAUUCGUGAGGAUCAUGUCGCUGUUAAGACCAGCAGAGAUCACCUUCAGGCUCGCGUUGAUGAGCUGACGGUUGAGCUACGAAACGCUGAGGAACGAGCUGGAAGACUCCAACCCCGACCUACGCCCCGACCUGGAACUAUUGAGGUUAGCGAGCAACAGCAGCAACUCGAAAAUGAGAUCCAGGAUCUCAACGUCGAGAUCUCCGACCUGAAGCGAAAUUUGGACAUGGCCAAUACCCAUCUCGAGAACGCGAAGACCCAGGCUGAGCAGUUCAAAGAGCUCAGCCAGGCUAACGAAGAAGCGCUUGAGGAUCUACGGGGCUCACAGGAACAAUACAGACAAGAGAUGGAGGCCAUCAUUGAGGAGAAAGAUGCCAAAAUCAAGGAGCUUAGCCAGCGUGCAGAGGACCUAUCGGCGGAGUUGUCUCGCUCUAACACCGAGCUCUCUAGCCUACGUGACUCCCAGGGUGAGGUUGCACGACGAUAUGAGGAUGAGAAGUCCAUAUUACAAGAGGAGGUGAACCGACUGAAAGAGGAGAGCGCAAGGCACCUGGAGGCAACUCGCUUCCAUCAGCAAGACCUACGCGCUCAAGCUGAAAUUGCCUCCAAAGCCCAGCAAGACUACGAGCAGGAACUAGUGAAGCAUGCUGAGGCUGCUAAGCUUGUUCAGCAACUACGGACUGAAUACAAUACACUCAAGAGCGAGGCCGCAUCGCUCAAGUCAGAAGCGGACUCUGCUAAGGUUACCCUUGCUCAAAGCGAAAGCUCCUGGGAGGAACGUAGACAGCAGCUGGAGCAGGAGAUGGCAGAACUCAAGACUCGAAGAGAAGAUGUCAACUCCCAGAACAAGAUUCUUCACCAACAACUAGAAACCCUGUCUACACAAGUUGCCGCUCUUCAGCAGAAGCGAAGCGGCGGAGAAGAGGAGGACGAAAGAAUGUCGCCAGUUCCCAUGGGAGACGCCAGUGAAGGUCUCCGGGAACUCAACACUUACCUCCGAAGAGAGAAGGAGAUUCUCGAGGUUCAGUAUGAUCUCAAGGCUCAAGAGGCCAAGCGACUCCAGCAACAACUUGAGUAUACUCAGUCACAGCUAGACGAGGCACGUCUCAAGCUUGAUCAAGAACGCACACAGGCUGCCCAGAGUGGUCGCACUUCAAUGACACAUCAGGACCUCAUGGAGAAGCUCAAUGAGCUCAAUAUCUAUCGCGAAAGCAGUAUGACAUUGCGCAACGAGAAUCAGCAACUUAAGGACCAGAUCGGCGAGAAGAACAAGAAGAUUGAAGAGAUGGAGGCCCGUAUCCAACCCCUGGAGGCUGAAAUUGACACGCUCAAGACUCAGAAGUCUUUCCUCGAGGAUGAAAUCAAGCAAAUCCAGGAGGAUCGCGACCGAUGGCAGAAGCGCACUGAGGGCAUUCUGACCAAGUAUGGACGAGUUGACCCUGCUGAGAUGGAGCAGCUUAAGGAGAAGAUCACCGAGUUGGAAACUGAACGUGAUGCUUUGAAGCAAGGUGAAGAGCCCCUGAAGGCCAAGAUUACCGAACUCGAAACCUCCAUGGAAAGUGAGCGAAACAACUGGAGUACCACGCGCGCCAAGAUUGUUGAGCAGGCCAAGGAACGAUCAAGGAAACUUACCGGAGAGAAGAACGAGGCCAUCCAGCGUGCCAACCAACUACAAGAGAGCUUGGACAAAGCUACAAGUGAGCUCGAAGGUACCAAGAAGGAAGCGGAGGAAUCGAGAAACCAGAAGUCUGAGCUUGAACAACAAAUACAAAACUUCCAGAAGGAGGUCGAGCAGUUACGACAACAGGCUCAGACUGCAAACUCUACUCCUACUCCCGCCCAAGCUGCCCAACCUACCCAACCUGCUGAAGUUUCCGUAUCUUCCGACAUUGUUGCUCAGCUUGAGCAGCAGCUCGCCGAUGCUCGUAAGGAGCUCGAGGCCAUCAAUGGGCAGAAGCAAGGUGCAGAACAACAGCUCGAAUCUCUACGCAAUGAGUUGCAGACUGCUAUUUCUGAGCGUGAUGAGGCAACAAAGAAGCUCCAAGAGGCCACUGCCAAUGCUUCUGCUCAAACUACCGAGCAAACCCCUGCGGAGCCCGUAGCUUCCGAUUCCACAGAGCAGCCUGCUUCAAGUAUCUCCGACGAAGAGAAGAAGGCUUUGGAAGAGAGAGUUGCAGCUGCCGAGGCUAAGGCUGCAGAAUUUGAACAGAAGGCCAAUGAGGUUGAGACAAGGAUUCAGACCACUAUCAAAGAACGUUCAGACAGGAUGCGGGAUACUCUGAACGCCAAGCUGAGGGAGAGUCGAAGCAAGAUGGAAGAGGAAUACAAGAAGAAGGAUGAGGAUCUCAAGCUUAAGUUCGAGCAAGAAAAGCAGAUCUGGCUCGCCGAAAACCCCACAGCCAGAAACGCUGAGGUCACAAAGACUGAGCCAGCAGAUCAACCCCCUGCAACACCGGCCAAAACAGAAGCCCCUGCUGUGCCUGCAACGCCUUCAUCCAUUGGACAAACCGAUCUGUCUCAGCUCGAUGAUACUGGCAUUCGACAAUUCUUGGCGACUAACCCUACAGUUAAGAACAUUGUUGCUGCCAACAUCAAGAAGAAGCUUGAGAUAGAAAGCUCCAAACUCAAAGUGGAGCUGGAAUCAGCACUCAAAACCGAGUAUGAACCCAAGAUUGCCGCAGCUAGGGAUCAAGCCCAGCUCAUGGAGUCCAAGAAAUCAACUCUACGCAUCAAUAUGGCUGAGAACAAGCUGAGAGCAGCCAAUGCCAAGAUUGGUGUAGUCGAGAAGGCUGUUUCCGAAACUCCUCAGAAGCCUGUGGUUGAGGUUUGGGAAGUGGCCAAGGUUGCUGUGGCUCCUCCGGCAACUCCGGCUGUAGCAAAGCCUACUCCGGCCAGACAGGGUUCGGUUGCAGGCGUGCCUCCAUCACCAUCCCCUGCAACACCUGCAGCUGGUGCUAAGGCUGCUCAGGGGACACCAGCCGCAACUCCGGCGGGACAAAAACAAACAGGCUCAGACUCCAAGCCAGCGCAGGUGGCAGCGGCAGCCACAGCUACCACUGGAAUUCCCGGUCCCAAGACGAGUAAUCCGUUCGCUGUUCCAGCUGACGCUGCAACAGCGGCUGCACCAAACCCAUUUGCUACUAAGAAUGAAAAUGGUGUAACACCCGCUGCUAAGCCCGGCCAGCAACAGACGCAGGCACCACAGCAGCAGGGACAGCAGCAGGGACAGCAGCAGGGCCAACAACAAGGCCAACAACCGGUCCGAUCUGGCAUCCCUAUGCCUCGUGGUGGCGGACGCGGAAGGGGUGGAGCUUAUGUGCCUCCUGGCCAACGUGCAGCCAGUGGACCUCAAGAGGGUGGACAUGGCAACGCUGGCCGUGGAGGGCGAGGAGGCCGCGGUGGUGGACGCGGCGGUAUGAACCCUGGUGCCAACGAUUUCCAGCCUGGCAACAAGCGGCCUCGAGGAGAUUCGGAAGUUGGUGGAGGAGCCAAGCGAGCACGCGGAGCGCAUUAG